GACACCAAAGUGUGCGCUCAGCUGCUGGCGCUCAAAUAGAAAUGACUCCCUUCCCUCUGCGCCUCAGACACAAGUGGACUCAUGUGAGGAGUCAAACUGGAGAACUAAUGAGACUCAGUGUGGACCACUGAAUCUGCCAUCGGGAUUUUUACAUUCCUACAAGUGCAGCAGUUCCGUUUUCUGCAACUACUGAAGCGCGACGAGGGAGCCUGUCGAUAAUUCAAUUAUUUUCUGGGGUCGGUUGUAUUAAUGCUCCAGGACAAACCACCGACCCCCCACCCCUUGUCCGUGCAGCUGAAGCCCCCGUCCGCGUCCACAAUGAGUGGAUGUGCCUGCAGCGCUCCAUACCUGCGGAGGUGGCUGCUGGAGGCUCUGUUGUUCUUGGCUGCUGUGCUGCCGACGAGCGGUGACUGCCCCAGAUCAUGCGCCUGCCAUGUCCCUACUGACGUGCACUGCACAUUCAGAUACCUGACCGCUGUACCUGACCACAUCCAGCCAGCUGUGCAAAGAAUUAACCUCGGGUACAACAGCAUAACUGUCUUGAGAGAAGAUGAUCUUUUAGGACUUGGGAACUUAGAGCUGUUGAUGCUGCAUAGCAACACUAUCCACAGUAUUGAAGACAGAGCCUUCCAAGAUCUCAAGUCCUUACAGGUCCUGAAGAUGUCCUUUAAUAAAGUAAAGAAAAUCAACAAAGAGACAUUCAAAGGCCUGGACAGUCUGCUGAGACUCCAUAUGGAUCACAACCACAUAGAGUUCAUCAGCCCAGAGGCUUUCUAUGGCCUAACCAAACUGCAGUUGGUCCAUCUGGAGGGUAACCACCUCCAGCAGCUCCACCCAGACACAUUCAUCACACUGAGACACAGCCAAGUGUUCAAGGUUUCCUCAGUGAGAAACAUCCACCUGUCAGACAAUCUACUCACUACUCUGCCUGCAGAUAUUUUCUCAGGCUGCAGCCAGUUAGAGAACCUUUUCCUCCAUGGAAACCCUUGGACAUGUGAUUGCCGUAUGAAGUGGUUUUCAGUGUGGGCACGGAGGAACACAGGUGUCCUGAAAUGCAAACGAGACAGGAGAUAUCCAAGAGGCCAGCUGUGUCCUGUUUGUAAAAAUCCCAUCCCUUACCACAACAAAACCCUAUCCCUUCUCCCCAGCAAUGUCUUCACUUGUACCAAACCCUGGAUUGAGGACCAUCUGAAACAGAAAAACAUCAGCCUGGACGAGGGGGAUUUUACUCCAGUUUCCCCUAAGGACUUCAUUGCCCCAUUAGGCUCCAUACAAAUGAACCUGACCAACCAGUUUCACAAUGAUGCCAGUCUAUCCUGCAGUGUCCAGAGGCCGUCUGCGUUUGAGAAUCUGACACAAAUCUUGGAGGGGGAGGACGGAAACAAUGUCACCUUACUUACCACAGCCAUAACUACAUAUUUGGUGUGUAAUAUUGACUAUGAACAUAUACAGCAGCUAUGGCAGGUCCUGGCCACCUACAGUGAUUCUCCCAUGAGACUCGAGAGAGGCUUAAUGCUGGCCAGGAGCCCAGAAAUGGUCUACAGAUACAGUCAGGUGAAAGCAGAAGAGGGAGAGGAAGGAAUCCACACAAGUGUUGAGGCUGAGAUUAAAGCCUCCCCUGCAUGGUUAAUGCAGGGAGAGGUGAGCUUCCAGCUGGACCGCACUACUACCACAUACUCCACUCUGCACAUUAAGUAUCAGUCUGUGAUCAACCUACGUGUGGAAAACACAAUGCCAAAGAGAGACCGCUAUUCCUGGACAAUGAUCGUGCAAGAUAAUCAAACCAAGACUGAACACACUGUACUUACAGGUGGUGUGGCACAGUUGAAUUGCCAAAUUCAGGGUGAACCAAAACCUUUGCUGGAGUGGAUUUUACCAGAUGGAAAUAAGGUCAGAGCUCCCUAUUCCAGUGAAGACAGGAGGAUCACAAUCACAGCUGAAGGGAAGCUUACUCUACUGGGCGCAGAUACCACAGACACAGGCGUGUACCGGUGUAUUGCCACAAACUACCUGGAUGCAGAUAUCCUCAUCUUUCGUGUAACAGUUCUGUCCCCUGAUGUGGAAGAUGCUGAGAUCAAUGGUGUCCAACUAUCAAGGCCCCUGGGUGAAAAUUUGGUUCUUGACUGCAGCUUCUCAGGGAGUCCUGAGGCCUCUGUCCAUUGGAUACUGCCUGAUCAUUCCGUGCUGGACAAGUCUCAUGGCAACAAGAAAGUGUAUAAAAAUGGAACCUUGCUUAUUCAAGGUCUCACAGCGAGGGAUAGAGGAUUUUAUUGGUGUUUGGUUGCUAAUCACCUAGGAGCUGACCUGCUUGUGUCUCAGGUAACAGUGACUGAAAAAAAAUCAGAGAAAGUAAUGAUUAUGGACAGUGAGGGAUCAGGGGUAGAGACUGAGGACAAGAUUGACCCUAGAUUGACUGCAAACACAGUCACCAUCAAUGACAUCUCCUCCGACAGGACUAGUCAGGAAUCCAGGACCAUCACCUCAGAUCGACCUUACCUCAGUCCCGGGUCACAUGGCAGAGGAGGUAGAGUGGGGCAAAGAAGGAGGGGGACAUUCGGCAACAGACGCUUAUGGAGUAGUAGGGUUUUUGAUAAAACUUCCAGAAAAGUGGACCCACAAAAAUUUGCUGAAUUUAUGAAAAAGGCUCAAGAUGGAUCAAGAAUAAAGACUGGCACAGAGGAAGAGAGAGUAAAAUAUGCAGGGCCAAACAUUGGUCUUUCUGGUGAUAGUGAAACUGGCUCUGGUGAGGUUGAUAAUGAAGAUAAUCUAAUAAUACUUCCAGGGAUAAUCAAUCCAGCUACAGAUAAUCCACAGAAAGAGAGAGAGAAUAGGCAGUCUGAAAUUAUAACAACCACACAGACAGGUCAGCAAGGUGAUGUAGCAGCAACACAUCAAAUUGCUGUCAUGGAAACAGUCAGCAAUUACAUUGAUUUAAGUAAAGGGACAGAAAAUAAAAACACACCAGAAACAGAGUCCUUUGUGCAAUCAGAUUCUACAGACAGUCCAACAGAAAGAAGCAGCAGUCAGAGUGGUGCCGUUACACCUUUUAACACAAUUUCACGCCACACAGGUCUUUCUAGUUUUGAUGAACCUUCUGAAAUUUAUGUCCCGGAGAGAAGUGCCAAGCCAGGCUCAAGUGAGCGCCCAGUCACUCUCCAAUUUACGGUGACAGACUUGUCACAUGAAACUCAGUUACAAGUCUCAGGAGAACAGCCUGCAGAGCCAGAGACGUCCACUUGGGCAUCACCCUCAUUUACUACAGACCCCAAUGUCACUCCAAUGAGGGAUGCCCCAGGCCCAGUGGAAGUAAUUGUUCACACAUCCACAAACCACGAAAGCCAGACGACUUUCACAGCUGUCACCACCACAGAGAGACAGCAAGAUGAGAUAACUUUCCACACUACCCAAACAAUCAAAUCCCCACGCCUCCCUGCAGGAUCAACCAUCAUCUCCCAGCAGCAGAUCCAUAUCAUUCCACACAAGAACAGCAGAGGAGGGGCCCGCAGGAGGACUUUCCACGGUCGCAGGAGGAUCAUCAAACCCAGCAGAAUCACUGAUAUACAGUCCUUCAUCAAUAAACUGAAACACCCCUCAAUGAAAACGGAAGGGAAUGCAACAGUACCAUAUAAAAUUGAACUGACCACAGACUGUGACUGUGAUGAAGACAAAAAGAAGACAGCAGCCACUGGUCUGCAGGUGAUCAAACCAACAUCUUCCUCAAGUCCUGCUUUACACAGAACAGAAAGACCUGCCUCUACACAAAAGAAUGCAGCUGUGACCACAAACUAUUGCGUUACUUCAGAUGCCUCUUUUGCCCAGACAGAGUCAAGGCCGGAAGUUUCCAGUGGCUACAUAACCUCUGCUGAUGCCUCUGAGAUGGACCCUACAAUUGAUCCAUUCUUGACCACCCGCAAAGAACCAUCAAUUUCCACCACAGCCAGGACUACUACAUCUGCCUCUAAAGUUAUUCGUGGAAGAAUUCCAUGGAACAAGCUGUUUGCAGGUAGAGAGAGGGAAAAGAUACUAGGCAAGCUAAGGAGGCCAUUCAUCACCCGAAAAACUACUACUACUACAACUACAGCUGACACUACAACAGCAACCCCAACUACAAUCCCUGCUGUUAUGCCCACCAUCACUACAAACUCACUGGCUGAACCCGAGACUCUGCCCCCGUCCAGACACACAGCGUACAAAGAGGGCUCAUCAGAUGAUGACUAUGGCGAUAUGUUCUCUGCAGAUUUUGAGUUCACAACAAGAACUACCAGUUCACCAUAUUAUUCCAGGUCCUCCACUACUUCUGAAACACCACCAGAAUCACAAACUCUGCCUUUUCCACAUACUGUUAAAACAUCUUCAACUGAAAAUCCAGACGAAACUAUAUCAUCUGGGUCUGGGGGACUCCCUGAUAAUUUAGUUGUAAUCAGACAGAGGCCUAGUGGGACAAGAGGAAGGCAGGGGCGCAGAAGGAGGCCCUUUAGGGGCCGGAGACCCUUCAAGAGACCUUCUAUCACUAAAUUGCACCCUAGUACCACAACUGAUGUUUUAACUGCAGCGGUAACAACUAUGGAAACUACAGUGGAGACAACUACAUUAUCACAACAGAGUAUUUCACUCUAUAAGCCAUCUAAGAAAGAGGACAGAGACUCAAUAGCUGUUUUCACUGACUCAGCGUUGAAGGAGGAGACUGGCCUAUAUGAAGAAUUUGAUUGGAGCACAUCUAGCGAUUUACCAGCCCAUACUACAGCCAAGACACCUUUGACCCUCUCAACCACAUUCACCCCGACCACCACAUUCAGGCCAAUUACCACAAAAGCACCUUACACGACAGCUCGUACCAGAGUCCACAGCAACACCAGACCACCAACACAGAGUAACAAUAGUCAUAACACUCGUAGGCCACUAAUUAGACCCCGACCUACUGUGCAGAGCAGUGGUCCCAGGGACGGAGCAGAUAAAGGCCUAAUCUUUGACACACUGACCAUCCUUACAGCAGAGCAAGCAUACACCAGCACCUCUGCCCCAUUCAACAAUGCCAUCUCUAGUUUUUAUGAUCAUCUUGCUGGAAAUGAAGCUACAAGCACCAGUAUUGCUCCCUUUGAACCUACUACAAAGGUCAUGACAAGCAAACCUAAGAUAGUUGGAGGCAAUGCAGCCAGCUUCACUGUGUUGUCCAACUCAGAUGCUUUCCUGCCAUGCGAGGCUGUUGGAAACCCUCAACCAACAACAACCUGGAAGCGCUUCUCCACAAGCACAGGAAGCACCAUUACCAUAAAAGGGAGGAUGGGCAAGUUUGAGGUGUUGAGCAAUGGCACACUGUCAAUCCAGAAUGCCAACAUAAAGGACCGUGGCCAGUACCUCUGUCUAGCUGAGAACAAUCAUGGAUCAGAUAAACUUCUUGUCACCCUCUCUGUGGUGGCCUACCCCUCACGCAUCCUGGAGCCUAAAAUGCGUGAAAUGAAGUCUCAUGCAGGAAACACUGUGGAGAUGAAAUGUAAAGCGGAGGGUCGGCCCACGCCCAUGAUAUCCUGGAUCCUGGCCAACCGGACUCAGGUUAGGGGUCUGAGCACAGAGAAGGGUAGGGUAUCAGUAUCUGCUGAGGGGACUCUGGUCAUUCAGCAAGUGUCUGUCUAUGACAGAGGUCAUUACAAAUGUAUCGCCAGUAAUCCAGCUGGAGCUGAUACUGCUACAGUCCGACUGCAGGUGGUGGCAGCUCCCCCAGGUAUCGUGGAGGAGAAACGGCAGCAAAUGGCAGCUGGUGUAGGCCAAAACUUGUGGCUACCCUGUACUGGUCAAGGCAACCCUCAGCCUACAGUUCACUGGGUCCUCCAUGAUGGGUCAAUGGUACAAUCUAAUAGACCUAGCAGUAACACAAGGAUAUCAGUGUAUGAGAAUGGAACCCUCCACAUUGAGAAUGUGACUCAAGCAGAUAUUGGGAAAUAUGAAUGUAUUGCUACCAGCUCUACUGGCUCUGAGAGAAGGGUGGUGACUCUGACAGUAAAGAAGCAAGAGUCUGCACCUCGAAUAGUGGAGGCUUCCCAGCGCAUGACAGAGUUGUUUUUUGGGGACCAGCUGAGACUAAACUGUCAAGCUACAGGGGACCCUCAACCCAGGAUCGUCUGGAGGCUGCCCUCGAGAGCUGUGGUGGACCAGUGGCACAGAAUGGGCAGCAGAAUUCAGGUCCUAGAUAAUGGCACACUUAUUGUUAGCACUGUGAGUGAUAAAGAUUCUGGAGACUAUCUCUGUGUGGCAAGAAGCAAAAUUGGCGACGAUAUCCACCUCAUGAGGGUCAGUGUGUCAAUGACACCAGCCAAGAUAGAGCCAAAGCUCCAUGGAAAGAAGCAGGUGCCCUACGGUAAUGAUGUGAAAGUGGACUGUAAAGCCUCAGGAGCACCAAAGCCAGAGAUCUUCUGGAGUCUACCGGAUGGUACAGUAGUCAGUAGUGGUCUUCAAUCUGAUGCCAGCAGUGGAGGAGGAAGAACACGGCGCUAUACACUUUUUGACAAUGGAACUCUCUACCUCAACCAGGUUGGUAUUUCAGAGGAAGGGGACUACACCUGCUAUGCUGAGAACCAGGUGGGCAAGGAUGAGAUGAUUGUACAUAUCAGUGUGAUGACUGCUGCCCCAAGGAUACGUCCACCCAGCCGGACCUAUGCAAGGGUGAAACCUGCUGGAAACAUUCGCUUUGACUGUGAUGCGCUUGGGGAACCCAAACCCAAGAUCCUGUGGAUACUGCCCACCAAUGAUGUGAUUGCAGCAUCUAAUGAACGCUACCUAAUACAUGUCAAUGGCUCUCUGGACAUCAGGGAUGUGAAGGUUAUCGACGCUGGGGAUUAUAUUUGUAUGGCUCGCAACCUCGCUGGUGAAGACAGACAAGUCUACAAGCUUGAUAUAGAUGGGAAUCCACCAGUGAUCAAUGGCUACAAGCAGAACAGGACGGUAAUCAAAGAUAUAGCUACUAAAUUCUCCAGGAAAUUAAUAGACUGUAAGGCUGAGGGUGAUCCCACUCCUAGUAUCACUUGGAUUAUGCCUGAUAACAUCUUUCUGACAGCACCAUACUCUGGCAGCAGGAUUAGUGUUCACUAUAAUGGGACAUUAGAGAUUCGUAAUGUGCGGCCAACUGAUACAGCAGAGUUCAUUUGCAUGGCAAGGAAUGAUGGAGGAGAGGCAGUAAUGGUGGUGCAGCUGGAGGUGACCAGUAUGCUCCGAAGGCCGAUCUUCAAAAAUCCCUUCAAUGAACGUAUUGUGUCUCAGAUUGGAAAAACAACAGUUCUGAACUGUUCUGCUGAUGGGCACCCAGUGCCGGAGAUCAUCUGGACUUUGCCUAAUGGAACACGGUUAACUGGUGAACCAGAGCGUGGCUCUCAUCACCACCGAGGAAAUGAUGGGACUUUAGUCAUUUACAACCCUCAUAAAGAGGAUGCCGGGAAGUACCGCUGUGGUGCUAAGAAUUUCUUGGGUUACAUAGAAAAGCUAAUAAUUUUGGAUGUUGGGCAGAAGCCUUACAUCCUGACAAGGCCUAGGGGCAUAAUACGUAGUGUAUCUGGAAACCCUCUCUUCCUUCACUGUCUCUCUGAGGGGACGCCCAGACCCAAAAUCUACUGGACCAUUCCUGGUGGUCACACUCUUACUCGGCCUCAAGUCCUUGGACGCUUCCAUUUACUAGUAAAUGGUACACUGGUUAUUCGGGACACUACUCUGCAUGAUAGAGGGAAUUACAUAUGCAGGGCUCGUAAUGAUGCUGGUGAGGCUGUGCUCAGCGUCCCUGUUGUCAUCAUCGCCUACCCUCCUCGAAUCACUACAGGGCCACCUCCCAUUGUGAAGGCAGUGACUGGGACUCCAGUCCAGCUCAACUGUGCUGCCACUGGGAUCCCCAAGCCAGAGAUCACCUGGGAGCUGCCCGGUCGCACAGUUCUGUCAGCAGCAGAACAGGGUCGACCUAUGGGCAGCGAACUGCUCCACCCUCAGGGCACACUUAUCAUUCAGAGACCCACAGCCUCGGAUUCUGGCAUAUACAAAUGUCUGGCCAAGAACCACCUGGGUAUUGACUCAAAGGUCAUAUAUGUACGUGUACUGUGAGGGAGGACAUUGGCCUAUCAAAAUGUACACGUUAACAGACAUGCCGUCACUUAUGUCAGUGAGGUACAAUACAAGUUUUCUCACAUGGAUUUGGGAAGAUCGUGGCUUUUGGAAUAUUAUUAAAGAAGAACACGAGAAGAAAAUGGAGACAACACAGCCUGGAGCUAGAGAGUUGUUAUUGUAACUUUGUAACUGUCGUGGUCCUCAUGGGAGCAAAAAGGCCAGUGCAUGGACUCAAACUCAAAAGUGAUUUCUCUGAUCAGGCUGGCAGCACAUAAGGAUAUUAUUACAGCACAUACAGAGGUACUGUACAGAGUGGGAGAAAAAAAUGUGUAAGAGAUUCAAAAGCAAAAGACUCCCAAGAGGAUUUUAAUCCCCUUUAGACAUUGGCCAGAAGUUGUUGCUGUCGUAACAUGUCGCAUUGUCUUUUAACAGCAAAUUAAACAGACAACAGGCCAAGUAUACAGUAAAAUAUAUUUCAAGAGCAAUUCACUGAGUUUCAUAGUGGAAGAAAAUAAGUUUAUUCAGAAAACAUAUGAGGCUUGUUUUACACUGGAUACACAUAUCAUAUCUGCAUAGACAGAACAGUGCUUUGAUACCAGAAUAAAAACAAAAUGACACCCUA